AUGGCCGUCGAUAUCCUGACCAAGAUUACCUCCGCCUUCGGGCAUAACUUCAAGAACGAUGUCAAUCGGUUCGACGAGCUCGUGUUGGGGUUGAAAGAAGCGCUUGGCCCAUCUUCGGGAUUGGAUUCGGCUGACGUCGACGUCAAAGAGUUGAUGAAGUUGAUGGAAGAAUAUAACACAACGGAAAGCGAAUGGAUCCAGUUUGCAUUCGCCGAGAAGAGCAUGGGAUACACACGCAACCUCGUUGACGAAGGCAACGGCAAGAGUAACCUGCUUGUGCUUGUCUGGACACCCGGCAAGGGCAGCCCUAUCCACGAUCACGGCAAGGCGCAUUGCCUGAUGAAGAUUCUCAAAGGCGAUCUGACCGAGAUCCGCUAUGCCUUCCCGGAAGGCAACAAAGAGCAACCCAUGCAAAUAAUCUCUGAAAGAACACACAAGGAGAACGCGGUGGCGUACAUGGCAGACGAACUCGGCGUCCACCGAGUUUGCAACAAGGGCAGCGACUUCGCUGUCUCUCUUCACCUCUACACCCCUCCUAACGUCGCCAAGGGUGGUUGCAAUAUCUUCAAUGAGAAGACCAAUCUCUCAGCCACAGACUGGUGGAUCGCAAGCCACAUACUGAGCCACACACUGUUCCAACGAGUGCAAGAGAAUCCCUGCGUCGAUCCCACCUUCCAAGCCGGCUUCGCGAGAGACGCGUCUACCGCGUUAGGUCCCAUCUGGAGAGGUCCCAUUAGUACCCAUCCGGCCCCAGAACCCGGGGCUCGGACGUUGAGGAUGCCACCCAAGAAGCGAAGUAUCGCUGUCAUCGACCUUGUUAGUAGCGAUGGCGACGACGGAUCUGCGCCACGACCCAGCAAGAGGGCGGCUGGCAGUCGCUCGGUUUCUGGUCAAGCCAGCGGCAGAGUGUACGGAAGUGCACCAAUAAACACUCAGCGCCACGUGAGCUUGGGUGCUGUUCCUGGCUCUUCGUCUCAGUAUGCCGAGUAUGAUGACAACCUCAUCGACUUGACUCAAGCCCCGGAUGGCCCACCAAGAGAACUUUAUGGAUUUCUCGAUAACAAAAUCGUCGGCGUUCGCUACUAUAAUGGAUAUGCCUCACCAGGCGAGGUGGUUGUGUGCCUGAGAGAACCCAACAAUCAGUACGAUAGCAAUGCCAUUCGAGUGUGUAACGUCAUGGGCACCCAGAUCGGCCAUCUGCCACGUAAAGUGGUUGAGAAGCUGGCGCCAUACGUUGACGGGGAUGAGAUCGCGAUAGAAGCUGUCCUCACCGGAGAGAAGGGCAUGUUCGACUGUCCCGUUCGUCUGCAACUAUAUGGAACGAGCAACCAAGUCGACCGGUUGGCAUUGGAGGACAAGCUGAAGAAGGACAAACUCUUGAAGGCAAGGGAACUCAAGCAGACGAGAGCUGAGGCCGAAGCGCAGAGAAAGAUGCUGGGUAUCAAAGGCAGCCAAUCAACAAUUGGUCUGAACGCUCCUGCUGAACCAGAGGUGUCUCUUGAGGACCUGGCACAAGCCAGUCAAGCAAUUUCAAGCCAUCUACGUGGUGAUGCUGUCAAAUCGUUGGUAAUGGACGAGGAGUUUUUGUCCAAAAUGCCCAUGGCAGAGCAACCUGCCGUUCUCGAGUCGACACUGCUGCCAUACCAAUUACAGGGUCUGGCAUGGAUGACGUCUAAAGAGAGCCCCCAGAUGCCUCCUCAAGGCUCUCAGGAGAGUGUCCAACUGUGGAAAUGGCACCCCAAGAGCCGAAAUUUGUAUCACAAUAUGGCCACGAACUUCGUAGUACAGAGUGCACCUAAGCUGCUUUCGGGUGGCGUACUAGCAGAUGAUAUGGGUCUUGGCAAGACGUUACAAGUGAUCAGCUUGAUCUUGACUGGGGGGGCUGGUCCGACCCUAAUUGUUGCUCCGUUGAGCGUCAUGAGUAACUGGGAUCAACAGAUCCGCAGACAUGUCAAACAAGAGCACCUACCCAAGAUCUUCACCUAUCAUGGAAACAACAAGGCCACUAAAAACGAGCUGGCCAAGUACCAGGUCGUCAUCACCAGCUACAAUAAGCUUGCCCAGGAGGGUGGCCAGGAAAAGGCCACCACACCUUUGCCACCCCUCAUGGCCACAAAUUGGAGACGUGUUGUUCUUGACGAAGGUCACACGAUCCGAAAUGCGAAAACCAAGGCCGCCAUAGCUUCUCGAAAGCUCAAUGCUCAGUCCAGAUGGGUCCUCACAGGAACUCCAAUUAUCAAUAACAUCAGGGACUUCCAGUCCUUGCUUCAAUUCCUUGGCAUCAAUGGAGGUGUCGAGCAACCUGCUAUUUUCACCAGUGUCAUUGCACGGCCACUUACCCAAGGGGACGAGACUGCCGAGACUCUCCUGCAGCUAUUGAUGCGAGACCUCUGCCUGCGACGCAAGAAAGACAUGAAGUUCGUUGACCUGAAGCUGCCUGCCAAGAAGGAAUACAUCCAUCGCAUUGCCUUCAGACCAGACGAGAAAAACAAAUACGAGGCAUUGCUGUCCGAAGCACAAAUUGCCCUCGAGAAAUUCCAAAACAACACGGGCGGGAAGGGUCAGUUUCAAAGCGUACUUGAACGCCUACUUCGUCUGCGCCAAGUAUGCAAUCACUGGACGUUAUGCCGCAAAAGGAUCGCCAAUCUUCUUGAGGCCCUCGAGGGCCAGUCUGUUGUUGUGCUCAACUCGGAAAACACCAAGAUCCUCCAAGAGGCGCUCCGUCUUUUUAUUGAAACCCAAGAAGACUGUGCCGUUUGCCUCGACACUCUGAGCAGCCCUGUUAUCACCCACUGCAAGCAUGUCUUCUGCCGCGGUUGCAUUUCCAAGGUGAUUCAGACGCAGCACAAGUGCCCCAUGUGUCGUAAUCAGCUCGACGAAGACGCGCUUCUCGAGCCCGCCCCUGAGGGCGGCGAAGAGGAAGACGAAAAUUUCGAUGCCGACGCGAAGAGUUCCAAGACGGAGGCCCUCCUAAAGAUUCUACAGGCUACAACCAAGGACCCCAAGUCCAAGGUCAUCAUCUUCUCACAAUGGACGUCUUUCUUGACUAUUAUUCAGAACCAACUUGUCGAGGCCGGCUACAAGUUCACCCGCAUCGACGGCUCCAUGACGGCGCCGAAACGAGACGCCGCCAUCCACGCCUUGGAUUACGAUCCGGACACGCGCGUGAUGCUCGCGAGUCUGGCCGUCUGCAGCGUCGGCCUCAACCUCGUGUCGGCGGAUACGGUGAUUCUCGCAGACAGCUGGUGGGCGCCGGCCAUCGAGGACCAGGCGGUCGACCGCGUGCACCGCCUGGGCCAGAAGCGGCCUACGACUGUGUGGCGUCUUGUCAUGGAGGGAACUGUCGAGGAGCGCGUGCUGGAUAUCCAACUAGAGAAGCGGACGCUGGUCGGCAAAGCGUUCCAGGAGAAGAACAAGGGAAAGAAAACCCAGGAGACUCGCAUGGCGGAUCUGAAGAAACUGCUUGGUUAA